AUGAUAACGUCUUUUUUGGACGGGCCACAACAGAUGGGGAGAUGUCUCAAAGACUACAUCAAAGUGCCUCAACCUGUCCCCGAUGAGGGUACACCAAAACUGGUCCUUGACGAGACUCUCACAAUGGAAAUUAUUUCCAAAAUUCUUCACCCAAGCAUCAUCCGCCACAAAAGAUACCGCGUUCAGCGUGGCCGCAUCACUGGAAUUCUUCUCGACAAAUAUCAACUGACUCUGGAGCAAUUCGUAGAAAGCCCAGGACCGAAGGACGCUGACCUCGACUCAUCAUUAUCGGUUAUGCAAUCUGCGGUGGACGCUCGUGGACUGGCGCACAACAGCAUUAACCCAGGAAACAUCAUGAUGGGAGAGAAUAAUAAGCCUGUGUUGAUUGACUUUGGAUCAUGUCAGCCGUUUGGCAAGUUGUUGCAGACAUUUGGUACGCCGGGAUGGUUUGAGAAGGAAUUUCGGAUGUCGGAAAAGAAGCAUGGUGUAAUUCCGAUGGGGAAGUUAAGGCAGUGGAUGACCGAUACCAAGUUAGAGAAGUCAGAUGUAACUACUGAUAAAGUCGCUGCCUUGAAGCUGUUACUUGUUGAUAACGUCCAUCGACUAACGCUGUUAUCUGUCCUUGCUCAAGCUGCUGUAGUGUUACACUCGCAAUCACCUGGCUAUAUCAUCGCAGCAUGUGACGUCAAACUAUUCGUGUUUGCAUACAAGCUCCAUGUCAACUGCCGAUUGUUGUUCUUUUGGAGGGUGGCAAAGAAGCGCCAAUAUUGCGAUCCAAUGAUAAGACGUAGCUGGGGUGGGUGGUGUUAG